AUGGAAGCAUCAUCGAACAGUCGAGAUGGAUUAUCAUCAACAUCAUUACAGUUAUCUGUUGAACAAUGGGAAUUAUUAAGACGUUUACGUAAUAGUCAUUUAUCAAAAACACAAAUUAUACGAGCUUAUGAUGAACUUGAUCGUCUUGAUCGUGAACUUGGAAAUCUAUUUAAUACAGCACCUCCUUCAUCAUCAACAAACGUUCCUCUUCCUGAUCCUGUUUCGCCAUCGACUAUGAUUACACAACAGAUAUCUCCAUCUUCUUCAAACAAUAAUAACAAUAAUAAUAAUAAUAAUAAUAAUAAUAAUAAUAAACGACCCCAUAGUCAUACUGUCAAUGGUUUAGCAUCAAGAUCGUCAUCAACAACUUCUAAUGGAUAUCAUACUCAGUUACAUCAUCCUACACCACCAUUAAAUGUGAAUACUCCACGUCCAAGAAAUGGUGGUAACGAAAUCAAUUCAGCCAAUGUAAAUCAAUAUGAAUCAAUGACUCAAAAUGAUUUGGAAGAAGAAACAAGAGAAUUACAAGAAUUACUUUCUAAAGGUGAUGUUGCUAUUCAUAAUGAAAUAUCUGUAUUUGUCUAUCGAUAUGAUCUCAAACAAUCACAAAUAGCACGAAUGGCUUCUGUUAAUCAAGCAUAUGUAUCAAAAUUUUUACGUGGAGAUUUAUUUGAUUUAUCUGAAAAUGGUCGAAUGGCUAUAUGUCGGUGGUAUAUAAGAUAUAAAAAAAUAGUUCAAUCGAUGGGUAAUGGUCCACCAUCUGCUGAAUUACUCGCUAACUUAACAUCAUCAUGUGAACCGCCCACGAAAGUACCUCGUCUUAGUGAACCUCAAAUAAAUAAUAAUUCAUCACCUGUUUCAUUCGACGCACCAAAACGUACACGAUUUACUUUUCGUCCUGAACAUCUUGAUAUUCUCGAAAAAGCUUUUCUUGAUAAUCCAUAUCCUGAUCCACGGCGUCGUGAAGAUAUAGCUCGAAUAUGUAAUGAUGCACGAACACGUACUGAAGGUAAUAAUGAAGUUUUAAAUGAACGUGAUCGAGUAACCGAUGCUAUUGUAACACAUUGGUUUCAAAAUAAACGAAAAAUGGCUAAAAGUCAACGAACAUCAGUUCAUGAUGAUUCAAUGCCAUUAGGUCUAAGUAAUAAUGGUAGUAAUCAUAUAUCAACAAUAAAUGAUUUUGAAAAUAUGAAUGACGAUGAUGAUUUACAUGUUCAACAAUUACAACCACCACAUCAUCAACAACAACAUCAACAUCAACAUAAACCAACUGUACCUAUCGUUGAUGGUGAUUAUUAUGAUACAUCGAAUUCAUUACUUGACCCACAAAUGGCUGCUUAUCGAGCUAUAAUGAGUCGUAUGGUACCAUUUGCAAAUAAUGUUAAUGGAAAUAAUUCACCCAAACGACUUGUUAAACAAGAACCAUACCAUAAUCAAGAUGACGACUCAAGUCAUGGUGAUGAAUCCAAUUCUUCAUCACCAUUAAACGAUCAUUUAUCACCGUGA